CUUCUGAUAUGAUACGGCAUUUUAUUGUGUAAAUCGUGACCUAUUUGAAACUGUGUUGUGUUAAAGAAUGAAAACGCGUUUGUAUUUUGUAAGGAAGACAGCUGUUUCCUGUUUCUCUGGGGGUCACCUGUCUAUGGAGCGGCCCUGCCCUGAGAACAGCUGCUCUGAAAUCUCUCCCCUCAGGGAUUUUCCGCCUUCUCCCACCGACAGAAACACCUCCCUGCGUGCACUGAUAUGAUCAAAACCUUUCCAUCCUCACCGAACAGCGUCUGGUAGUUUCCUCUAUAGGAAACAUUGUGUUUUUUGUUUUCUUUUUAGCGAUCGCCAUGGGAGAGAUAACAGCGCCAAAGAGCUUCUCAGAAGUUAUAACUCAGAUAUUACAGGAGGUUCCGGCUGCCAGGAAGAACCUGGUUGAUAACCACAGCAACCUUCUCCGAGUGGCAGAUUACUGCGAAAACAACUACCUUCAGGCGGAUGAUCCAACCAAAGCUGUGGAGGAGACCAAGGCUCUGACCACCCAGGCUUUAGCCAGUGUCACCUACCAGAUCAACAACGUGGCCAGCACCUUGCUCAGGCUGCUGGACUCCCAGGCCAUGCAGAUCAAGGACAUGGAGUCCUCCGUCAACCUGCUGUCACUGGCUGCUGCAAUCCACCUUGAGAAGGUGGCCAGGAGGGAGAUCGGCACCUUCACCACACCCAAAGACAAGACCCGGACCAAGACCCUGGCCCCGCCCCCUUCGGGCAAGGAGCCAGAGGAAGGUUACGUGAGAGUUCCAAUAUCAUACACCAUCCUGGACUCUGUUGGACACUAUUUCCAGGCCCAAGAUCAGCAGUCCAGCAAGAAGACGGAGAACAAGGAGACGACUGAAGAAUCUUCAGCGUCCAUCCACGGCAUCGCUGUCCCUCUACCAUCUGUGCCCACUAAGCCCACAGAGAGCAGCCUGCCACCCCCUCCUCCCCCUGUUGCUGCCACAAACCUGCCUUCUCCUCCUUCCUCGAUGGACACUGGCCUCCCCCCUCCACCCUCCUUCCCCUCCCCCUACGAUCUCCCCCCACCUCCUCCUCCACCAGCCAUCAGCCUGUCAGACAACAGCUUCCCACCCCCUCCUCCUCCUCCUCCUCCUGCUGCGAGCAGUACCAGUCUGCCUCCCCCCCCUCCUCCUGUGCCAGGAGGUGUACCCCCUCCUCCUCCUCCCCCAGCCAGUGGUGUGCCACCACCCCCUCCCCCACCGCCUCUGCCCUAGCUGGCUGGUUGUGAUCGGUCUGGGUUUUGCCAUUAGAGGAAGGAGCUAAAGGAAAGUGCGGAGGGCCGUGUGUUUGCAGGUGUACGAACCCUGAGCUGCUUCAUUUGUGAUUCGUGCCGAGGCGUGAGCCAGAAAUGACCAUUUAUCUGGCUUAGAGAAUCCCUCCUUCAGCUUUCUGUGCUUACCAAAGAGCAGCCGCAGAGAUUGGCCCUACGUGCCCUGACAGCACCACCACCACAUUCCUUAAAAACAAGCUGAAACAGGGAUUCCUGCGUUUCAGUCAUCACUGUUUUCAUCAUACUGUAUGGGUUUUUUUUUAGCUUUCCUGUGACGUCCGUGCCUCGUCAUAACGGGCGAUACUUUAAACUGCAGAGGUUUGUGGCUCAGCCGCUGCAGCGGUCACUUUUCUGCUGGGUAAAAGUGAUUAUAACUCUGUAACACUGCCGGCUUUAAGCUCAGUGUGCUCUGCGUCUUUAAACAGGCCACCGAGGGUGUGAAUGGUGUGUUGCAAGUCCCACUUAAAAUCUCUAUAAUUACAUGCAUUUACUGUACCUUGACUGCAUCUGUUACGCUGUACUGUACAAAUAAAGACUUUGACGCAGAUAAA